AUGGGAUGCCCCCAGGGCUCUCCACUAAGCCCCUUACUAUGGAAUAUAUUACUAUCAGGAUUACUAGAAAGAACCUUUCCGAAUCACAUAUAUCUACAAGCGUUUGCAGAUGACAUCGUAGUUGUCAUAGAAGGGAACUCAAGAAGAGAAUUAGAAGAAAGAACUAUCGAAAUACUGCAAGAAAUAGGACAGUGGACAUCCGAACGUAAACUAUAUUUGAACUACUCGAAAUGUAAAUGUCUAAUAAUAACUAGAGGAGAACUAUAUGAAAAAAGACCCCCAAUAAUAAAAUUUCACGAUCAUAAGUUAGAAAUAGUGAAACAACUUAAAAUUUUAGGAGUCAUUUAUGACUCACAUUUAACCUUCUUACCACACCUUCAAUAUAUAAAACAGAAAGUUCAAAUCCAUACAGCCAACAUCUCAAAAAUAUACUCAACAAAUUGGGGUAUCACAUCAAGCCAACUACGGGAAAUAUACUUACGAAGCAUAGAAAGAUAUAUAGUGUAUGGAUCACCCGCGUGGUGGAGACCAUCAGGAAAUUCACAUAUGUUAAGACAACUGCAAUCCAUACAAAGGUUACCAUUACUUAAAAUAGCAAGAGCGUUCCGCACAGUUUCUAACAUAAGCCUGCCUGUACUAUGUAAUAUCAUCCCAAUCAACAUUACUCUUGACGUAGAAUCAUUUAUGUUUAAUGUCUUCCAACUUAAGAUACCCGCACAAUUCGAUAGCUUUAGUAUCUCCCCCACAGAGGUAUCGUAUCCUAUAGAUCUUUGGAAAACUCAUCCAACAAAGAGAUUCAAUAUAUCAUUCCAAAGAAUCAAUUCUGGAAAUGCCGAGUUCAUUUCACCAGUGUUGAUCUAUACAGAUGGUUCAGUGUACUUAGAUCAGGUGGGAGCAGCAUUCGUUAUUCUGAAAAACAAUGGAAGAAUUAUAAAAAUAGGAAAAUAUCGCUUACCAAAACACAGUACAAUAUUCGAUGCAGAGGCUAUUGCCAUAUUUAAAGCCCUUGAUUAUAUUCUUGCAACAAGAGAUGGGCUACAUUGUAACAUAUACACCGACAGCCUAUCAGUCCUACAAGCAUUGGCAAAUCCAAACAAUGCAAUUCCUUUAAUUAACGAAAUAAAACAUAUAAUCCAAUCAGUCAACAGAUUUAACACAACGGCUUUUUUUCACGUCAAAAGCCAUACUAAUAUUUUAGGGAACGAUCUAGCCGACCAAUUUGCAAACUCGGCACGUUAUCAUGGCCAAUACAUACACCUACCAAAAUCAAAACAAAAUAUAAAACAUACAAUAAUGGAAUUAGCACGUAGGAGAUGGGAUCACUCUUGGCAAAACGAUGGCAAAAACACAGAAUUAUUUAAAUGGAUACCAUCAACCAAUCAUAUACCUAUUAGCUUCCCUCCUUCUAGACGACAUACCAGUCGUAUCCCGGGCAUACAGGGAAUCAUAGAGCUAAGCGAGAGCGAGUAUGCCGCACCGACGAUUGUUGCGGAUCAACCGCACCACCGAACGACUCUGCGAAGGAUGGUUCACAACUACAGGGAACUGAACGCGAAGACUGUGAAUCCGUCCUAUCCCAUGCCCAUCAUGGAGGAUCUCGUGCGCGAGAACGUCACUUUCCUCGGAUAUGAAAUAUCAUUGGACGGACGCACGCUUGACCAAGCUCGAGUAGCCGCAGUCGGCAAGUUUCGACCACACGUGAACGCCAAGAAGCUCUACUCAAUCCUACAGUUUGCCAACCGCUACCGUAUGUUCAUCCUCAUUUUCUCAGCACGUACUCGUAUAUUAAGAAAUCUCAUCGCCAGAGAGACACCCUUUGUGUGGACGCAUGACCACCAAGAUGGGGUCAGCACUCCGAAGCACGCUCUCAAACACCUUCCAAUUUUUGCGAGCUUCCAACCAGACUGUCCGACGUGUGCGCACGUUGACGUAUGCCAGACCGGCCUCGGAACCAUACGCAGUCAGUUGCAAAACGGCAAGGAACGGGGGAUUGAAUACGCAAGCCGAUGGCUGAACAAACACGACACUAACCUUCACUCCAACUUGCUCGAAUGCAUGGCGCUGUAUUAA